GGUCUCGCAUUCUCGCGCUGCCGCUGCAACUUUGGGCUCCCGGGACCGGCGGCACCGAAUAUGGAUCUCGCGCUGAUUCUCAAAUCCAACUUAACGGAAAAAGUUCUGUGGAGUUUGUGUUCAUACAUGAGGCUGAAGCGAGGAGUUUAGAUCACCUAUCUGCAUCAGUGUGUGUGUGUGUGUGUGUGCGUGUGAGCGUGCGUGUGUGUGUGUGUGUGUGUGUGUGUGUGUGUGUGCGUGAGGGGAGAAAGAGGGGCUUUAUUGGAAAUUCUCGAAUCCCCAUCGGGACGCUCUCGGCUUUCAGUUUUCCAGGGAAAACUCGAGAUUGCUGGGAUCUUGCGAGGCCACACAAACUGAUGAAGGCACAAUCGAGGCUCCAAAGUGAGUCGUGGGUGUAGCGGGUGUAGCGGGUGUGCCAGUCUCAAUGCUAGUGGACAUGCAGCCACACCAGGGGCUGUACCACUACAACACUGCCAAUCAACCAAGCAGAGGUGAGGUGUCAUCAGUGUGUGUGGCGCUCCCUAGUGGUCAACCGCCAGAUAGCAGAGAGAUGUAUAACCCCUCUAUGACCCCUGGAGCCUGCAUGGACCCCUACAUGCGGCCGCCACACGCACCCCCACCACACAGCAUGAUGGGACACCGCGGUAUGCCCCCACCAGAGGGUGGCAGUGGCGCCCCCUACUGUAACCAGAGCAUGAUGCCGUCUCAUCACAACCUCUCAUAUAACCAGCCCGGUUCAGAACACAUGGGCACCGGAGACGGCUCUUGUUUCUCUACGCCCUCCAUGCUGAAGUUGAGUAAGAAGCGCGCUCUGUCCAUCUCACCCCUGUCGGACGCCAGCGUGGACCUGCAGACGGUUAUACGCACGUCUCCCAACUCGCUGGUGGCGUUUGUCAACUCCCGCUGUGGACAAAACGCCGCCAGCUCAUAUGGGCAUCUGUCUGUGGGCGCCAUGAGUCCAUCAUUAGGCUAUUCAAACUCCAUGAACUACCCGUCCAGAGCUCAGGGGAACAUGUACAGCACUCCUCUGGGUCACCCCUCACCAUCCUGUCAUGGACCCCCACCUCGCCUGCCGCCCCACAACCCCAGACUGCACGCCGCCCCAAAACACACACAUAUGAAGACAGAACCUGUUCUGGGAAGUGUGAUGGACAAUAUUAACAUUAAGAACCUGGAGGAGCAUUCGGAGGGAGAUGUGGCGAGCCCGUCCUCAACUGGAACACAGGAUCCUCUUCUGGGUCUGCUAGAGGGCAGAGAUGAUCUCGAUAAAGAGGAGAAACCAGAACCGGAGGCCAUUUAUGAGACAAACUGCUACUGGGAGUGCUGCAGCAAAGAGUUUGACACGCAGGAACAACUUGUGCAUCACAUCAAUAACGAGCACAUCCACGGCGAGAAGAAGGAGUUUGUGUGCCAUUGGAAGGACUGUUCUCGAGAACAGCGACCGUUCAAAGCGCAGUACAUGCUUGUCGUCCAUAUGCGUAGACACACUGGGGAGAAACCUCAUAAGUGCACUUUUGAAGGCUGUAAUAAAGCUUACUCACGUCUGGAGAACCUGAAGACUCAUCUGCGCUCACAUACGGGAGAGAAACCAUACGUCUGUGAGCACGAGGGCUGCAACAAGGCUUUCUCCAACGCAUCAGACCGAGCCAAGCAUCAGAACCGGACACACUCCAAUGAGAAACCGUACGUUUGUAAGAUUCCUGGAUGUACAAAGCGCUACACUGACCCAAGCUCUCUAAGAAAGCAUGUGAAGACAGUACACGGACCGGAAGCUCACAUCACUAAAAAGCAUCGUGGAGAUACCGGGCCACGACCCCUAGGCUCUGGCCUGACCCCUGCAGGUCAAGAACUGCUGAUAGAAAAAGAAGAGAGAAGCAGAGAAGACUGCAAACUACUCGCACCAGAAAACACACUGAAAUCUCAGCCAAGCCCCGGUGGCCAGUCGUCCUGCAGUAGCGAGCGUUCUCCAUUAGGGAGUGCUAACAACAACGACAGUGGUGUUGAGAUGAACCUGAAUGCAGCGGGCAGCCUUGAGGACCUGACGACACAAGAGGAUAGCGGGAACACUGGUGUGUCAGAGUCCAGUGGCGGUGUGGGCUCAGUGGGGAUGUGCAUGUCUGUACAUGCCUUAAAGAGACUGGAAAACUUGAAGAUUGACAAACUGAAACAGAUUCGUCGGCCAACACCACCUGGGCGGAGUAUAGGAAAUAAACUUCCAGCCCUCUCAGCUCCAGGAGAAAAAAUGGGCAUGUGUGCACCCUCAUCCUUGCUCUCCAACCGCCGUGUCAUGGAGCUUUCUGCCCCAGAGCUAGGUGGAGUAAGCGGAAUGGGUAUGUCAUGCCCACCAAACGAUCGCCGUGGGAGUGGCACCAGCACCCUAAGCUCCGCCUACACAGUGAGCCGUCGUUCAUCUAUGGCCUCUCCCUACCUAUCGAGUAGACGCUCCAGUGACAUGUCUCAGGUGGGUCAGAGUGGUCACUGUCAGUCUGCGAUGGGCACUGAUGUGCCUGGCGACCCACUGUCUCCUCAGAACAGCCAAAGAGGUGGACAAUGCCAGAAUGCUGGUGAGUUGCCAGGUCUACCAAAUCUCACCCCUGCACAGCAGUACAGUCUGAAGGCUAAAUAUGCAGCUGCGACCGGAGGCCCACCACCCACCCCUCUGCCCAACAUGGACCAACCUGGCACCCCCGGUAGACAUGUCGGAUUCCUGAGGGAAUGCCACGGCCAGCCUCUUCCUCCAUUCCUGCAGCAAGGGGGCACAAGAAGGCACAGUGCCAAUGUGGAGUACGGCACAGGAGUGAUCUACCCGCAUCAUGCACCAGGAAACAACACAAGACGUGCCAGUGAUCCAGUGCGCUUGGGCGGCGACCCACAGGGCUUACCCAAAAUGCAACGCUUCAACAGUUUGAGUAACGUGUCCCUCAUGAGUCGCCGCAAUGCACUGCAGCAGUGUGGGUCCGAUGCCACUCUAAGCAGGCGUUUGUACUCACCGCGCCCACCGAGCAUUACUGAAAAUGUCAUGAUGGAAGCCAUGGCCAUGGAAUCUCAUGGGAAUGCAGCAGCAGGCAACAUAAUGCAGGGUGGAGACCGGGCCUACGUGGGCUACCAGCAAACUCAGCACCUCCCUCACAAUGCCAGCCAGAUCUCUCCUGGUCAAGAAGGCCUGAGAUGCAUGGAUCAAGUCUACCAGACUCAGAUGGAAGGCCAGUACCAGGGCCAGACUGACAUUGCAAACAGUCUUCUACAGCAAGCAGAGUACAGCAUGAGCACCUGUCAGCUCAGCCCCUCCAGUCCACACUAUCCCAGCCAGGGACAGCCAACCGAUGGGUCAGGGCCCUGGGGACAGACCGGCCAGCUCCAUAGCCCCCAGACCGGCAUGCAAUACCAAGGUGCAGGCAUUCAAGGGCAGCAAUACCUCCAACAGGGUGUAUACAACCCCACCUCUGAACUUCAGAGUGUUACAAUAAAACCUGAGCAGUUCCAUCCCUCCAUUGGAGCUUCGAGCUCAUGCCAGAACACCAAAACUCUACACCAGCAUCGCCACACAGGCAAUAUGCAGGGUUUUCCACCUCAAUCACAAGUCCAGGGUCUAAUGGGAAGAUCUUCAAAUGCAAACUGUGAUUUCCAUCAUGGCCAGAUGGGAACACAAGCUGGUCUUCAGCAGCAGAGCCAAACUGGAUCGUUCCCCAACAGUGGAGGUCUUGGCUCAUUAGCAGAGAGCCGCAGGUCGCAGACGCCGAUGCAUCAGAUGAAGGAGAUGAUGGUGAGGAACUACGUGCAAUCACAGCAGGCUCUCUUGUGGGAACAGCAACAGGAACUAUCCGGGAAGACAGAUGGCUUGGACAUGGGAGGACAAACAGUAAUGAUGCAGAACACCCCUCAACAUCAACAAGCCAACCAGAUGCUUUAUCAUGCCAACACUUACCAAGGUUACCCAAAUCAGAACAUGAUGAGCCCAACACACAAUCGAGUUCCCAGUUCAGUGCCAGUGAAGGACCCUUCCUGCUACGGCCAGGACAUGGUGCCACAGCCACCUCAAGGACAGAAGCCACUAAGUCACCAGAACAGCCUCUCUCACCAGGCAGGUGGAGCGUACCUGGGCAGCCCACCUCAUCUCAGUCCCGUCCAUUCCACCACCAGUCCAAGAAGAGCGGUACGGUUACCACCAAUUCAACAGCAGCAUUCAGAAAACUUAACAACUAACCCUAACAACAAUCCCAUGUACUACACGGGCCAGAUCCACAUGCAUCAUGAUAUAGAGAAGACUCUGGAUCCCCAGGUAGGCCCAUAUCUGGCCCAGCAGCACCUGACAGGAAUGGACCCCAAUGCAAAACCUUCUUCAGUGAUCUACUCUGACCCUGCGCCCAUGUCAAAUGCCUUAGAACACCUGGACUUGGAGAAUGCUCAGAUUGACUUUGCUUCCAUUAUCGAUGACCCUGAGCCUUCAUCUUACAGUCCGGUAAACCAACCAAUGGGACACCUUCCAUGCUCCUCUCAGCCAUCCUCCCGUCUCACCACACCCCAGACCUCCAUCACUUUGCCCAGUGGCCUCUCCAAUAUGGCAAUUGGAGACAUGACCUCUAUGUUGACAUCUCUUGCUGGGGAGAACAAAUAUUUGAACACUCUGUCUUAAAGAGCUUGUUCAUAUGAUUGGCAAAGGUCCUAACAGUCCCUUUUAAAUGGGCCAAAGUGAACAAGGUGGACUCCGAAACUAAAUGCUCCUGAGAUGCCUUCCUGACACCAAAGGUUCCUGAAACCUCCCUCUACUUGUCGUAUGCUAAUAAAUACAUGUGCUGUAUAAUGCUCUGUAGGUUGGAUGGUUCUGCUUAUGCCCUUCACAGUAUCUCACAGAUGUUGUGUGUUUGAUGUAACAGUUUUGAUUGUGUAAAAUAUGUUGCUAAGCAUUAACACAUGGCCUAUGAACUCUAACAGUAACAGUGCCUGCCCACUUUUUAGCUGUCUUGGUUCCGGAAAUGUUUUCCCAUUUCGUUUUUCCAUAGGGAUUUUCAAAUAUAUCAAAUAUAUAGGUAGUUUGAGAGUGUAGGGAAAGCAACUCGCUUGUGUCACUCACAGCGCACAGCGAGUGGGUGGUUGCGGCAAAGCUCUUUUGGCGUGCUAUGUUCGCCGUGAUUCUCUGAUUUGUGGAUCUUUCUUUUUAAGAUCAUGGGUAGCGUAGUUAUUCACCAGGCAUAUUAAGUUUAUAUAAUGUAGACUGGUGGCUUCAAUAGAAGGAUAUACCCUUGAUUAACAACCUCUUAAGCGCUCAAGGUAGGUCUGUCUUUAACCUGUUGGUACGCAAUCGCUAGUGAUGUCACUCUGCUUAUAUUUAAUAUAUAAUUUACCGUCUAUAAAUGUAAUUAAUCUUAACAAAUGAUACAUCUUUUCAAAGGUCUAAGGGUUCAACACUGAUAUCCGAUCUCUGUUUCACGAUAGCAAUCCUACAGAAACAGCAAUUGAGUUAUUUGUGCCAGGAGUACAAAUGAAAACAAGCAAUAUCAAAACGGGACUUUUAUUAUGAAAACACGAUCGCCAGAUGAAUCCAGUUCAACACACUUGGGUCAAUCGUCCAUGACAAGCUUUCAUUAAAAACGGGGCAGUGGUGGCUCAGUGGUUGAGAUUCAGGGUUACUGACUAGAAGGUUGGGGGUUCAAGCCCCAGCACCACCAAGAUGCCACUGUUGGGCCCUUGAGCAAGGCAGGUUGCUCCGGGGGGGAUUGUCCCUGUAAUAAGUGCACUGUAAGUCGCUUUGGAUAAGAGCGUCUGCCAAAUGCAUAAAUGUAAAUGUAAAAUGUAAAAACAUCCAAUAGCACUUUUUGACCAUAAAAGUGAUAUGUGGCAGGGCGGAGGGCGGGCCGGGUCGUGAUCAUACACACCCGGUCCCGUAUUAGGCUAAUCAAGCCUUCGAGAGAGAUAAAGGUCGACUGCAGAGGAUCGUGCGGAAGAGAGAGAUCGUUAACGGACAUGUCCGUCAUGUGUGUGUUUUUGUCUUUUGUUGAAGUUUUAUAUUAAACUAUUAUUUAUAUUGACAAUCCGGUUCUCUGAUGUACCGUCACAUGGUCCUCUAACACUCCGCCACACUCUCCGGCGGACGACAGCCGCUCCUCUCCGGGUGAACCGGAGUCAAACCUCCGACCCCCAGCGGACAGAACGCCCCUCCGCUUUUCUGGCGGCACCUGGGGACAUUCCUCCGCCCCUGGCAGCGGCCCUACCGCUCCAGACGAUCGUGGAGUUACUUCCCUCCUCCCCUCGCGGACGGCGGUCUUCCCUCGACCCCUCUGCGUUUCUGGGGGACGGCAGGGCACUCCUCCGCCCCUGACAGCGGCUCCAUCGCUCCAGGAGGUCGGGGAAUCCAGUCCCCACUCGCCCCGCGGACGGUACAUCAGAGAACCGGCUUGUCAAUAUAAAGUUUUUAAAAAUGUGGCAUAGUUUUAUUCAUAAUAGUCGAGCAGUGCCGUCAGAUUCAGUGUCGUCUUGAGAGCCGGAGCCUUAAUUUUACUCUGAACGCUUCCAGAAAUUUUAAAGCUGCAGGAACCUCAGACUUCAGCUUCUCUAACUUUAUAAAAUAACAACAUAUAUUAAUUCUAAUACUUGUGAAAUAAAGCCCAAAGUGUCUUCUUUCAAAAGGUACUACACCUGUGUCCAUACUCCAAAGGGUCCCGUAAAUACAACCAUUUAAGUUCAGGUCAUUUUCAUGGUUUGUGCUCAAAAAGGGGGCGUUCAUCAACAGGUUAAAGUGCCAGUUAAAAUUCGCCUAUGGAGAAAAUGAAUGGGAUUUUUACUUACGGAACCAGACUUGCACUCUAUUACUUAAGGGGCAUUCAACGGUCACUAUUGUGCGACUACGAUAAAAAUCUUUGUUAAAAUGUAAAUACACGAGCAUUUGACUGUAAAUGGUACUAAGAUUUAAAAAACACUUUCUGAAGCAUAUCAUAAGUACCACAUAAGGUGGAAGUUGGUAGGCACGCUCUCCAUUAGUAUCAGUGAAGACAGGACUCAAGUGCCUUUGACCAUUGUGGCCUAACAUUUUUGAUUUCUCACAGGUAUAUAUCGGGUAACGUAUUGAGAUGGACAGUCAGACAGACUUAAACACUCAGAUAUUAUAAAGUAUUAGAGAAAGGCUUGCUAAAGCUCAUAGCUAGCUGUCAUAAUGGCAGAUUACAAAACAGUAUUUCCAAUCCUUGACAAUUAUCUUGCUAGUUCUUGACCAGACUGAGCCUUUGAGAUUGAUGAGUCAUUCAUUCUAAGGUUUGUUUAAUAAUUAUUUGACUAGUACUUUCAGACAGGUACAUUACAAUGUAACAGCACUGAGUUAUGUUUUUUGUAAGGUUUUCCUUUGUCUACAUUGUGUUACAUAACCCAAGCUAGCAUGCAUAUGCAUUGCACUGACAACAGCACUGAGCUGAGGAAAAGUGUUACAAAAUAUAUACAUUUUUAGAUUCUAUAGAGUAUGGCAAUAACAUACAAUGCAGAUACUUGAUGUGAUUUACUAAGCUAUUGGUUUUAAGUCCUCUAUUAUUUCAACACUUUGUCUACAUUGCUAGUAUGUGUUAUUGAGGGGCGCAGUAUGGACGCCACCCUUUAAAAAUCCCAGGGUUUCUACGUUCUGUGGCAUACCAAAGAUGACUGGCACAUGCACCCUUGAUUCACGCAAGAUACAACGCCAUGUCGCUGUGAUAAAGAAUGUAAUGGAGAACUUUUGUAUUGUUUUCUCUUUUCUAAAGAAACAAAUCCUUUUGUGCUUUUUGCCGUGUGUUUUUAUAUCACAGUUCACAAACUUUUUUGCUGGCAAAAGUACACAAAGCAGUAACAUCAGCAUUUAUCUCGUCUAUUUACAAGGAAACUAAGCGAUAUUUUCGCGUUCCAUUUUUUCUACAUUUUUGUACAAAGGUACUACUAUAUUAUACCAGUUUAUAAAUAAACAGAGCCUGUGAU